ACUGCUGCACUUUGAGUCAACUGGUCAUACAGGAAGCAGCUCCUGCAGCGUCAGGCCACAAACUGGGCACGUCUCACACCAGAACCUCAGUCUGAAGAUGCUCUGCAGCUCAGUCCUGCUGGAGCUGUGAGGACUGUCCUGUGCCUUAAAAAAUCUUCUUUAAAAGACUGCACACCUUUUUUUAUUUGUCCUCUGGCAGCAGGGGGUUGCUCUGGUCUGAGGGGGUGAGCUUGGAUGAUGGCUGGCUGCUGUGUGUCGGCGGAGGACAGAGAAACCAAGAGGAUCAAUGACGCGAUCGAGGAGCAGCUGAGGAGAGACAAGAAGGACUCCCGCAGGGAGCUGAAGCUGCUGCUGCUGGGCACUGGUGAGAGUGGAAAGAGCACCUUCAUCAAACAGAUGAGGAUCAUCCACGGAGGAGGAUACACGGAUGAAGACAAGAGGAGUUACGCUAAGCUGGUCUUCCAGAACAUCUACACAUCAAUGCAGACCAUGAUCAGGGCCAUGGGGGCGCUAAAUAUAUCUUUCGCUGACCCCAGUAACCAGAACUAUGCCAACUCAGUCCUGGAGGUGGAAGUGGACAAAGUGGAGGAGUUAGACCCAAACCUUGCGGUGGCCAUCAAGAAUCUGUGGAAUGAUGCCGGGAUCCAGGAGUGCUACGACCGACGCAGGGAGUACCAGCUGUCUGAUUCCACCAAAUACUAUCUGACUGACCUGAAUCGAAUCUCACAGAAUUCCUAUCUACCAGACCUUCAGGACAUCCUCAGAGUCCGAGUGCCAACCACGGGUAUCAUCGAGUACCCCUUUGACAUGGAAAAUGUCAUUUUCAGGAUGGUGGAUGUAGGGGGUCAGAGGUCAGAGAGGAGGAAGUGGAUCCAUUGUUUCGAGAACGUCACCUCCAUCAUCUUCCUGGUGGCGCUCAGCGAGUACGAUCAGGUUCUGGCAGAAUGUGACAACGAGAACCGUAUGGAGGAGAGCAAAGCUCUUUUUAAAACCAUCAUCACAUAUCCCUGGUUCGAGAAGUCUUCGGUCAUACUUUUUCUCAACAAGACUGACAUCAUCAAGGAGAAGAUCAUGUACUCCCACAUAGCCACAUACUUCCCUGAGUUCACAGGACCUCAACAGGAUCCAGUCGCCGCUCAAGAAUUCAUCCUCAAAAUGUACCAAGAACAAAACCCGAACAAGGACAAGAAACUGUACUCCCACUUCACCUGCGCCACAGACACCGAAAACAUCCGCUUCGUCUUUGUGGCUGUGAAGGACACCAUCCUCACAGCCAACCUGAAGGACUUCAAUUUGGUGUAACAGAAAAGGGAUGAAAGAGAAGAAAAUGCCAUACAACUGUCAGAAUAAUACUUGACAACAAGAAAGAAAAUAUCACUUCAGGAUCAAAUGUUUCAAUUUCAAAUGGGUGAGAUCUGAUUUAGUCAAACAUGUGCAGUCAUAGAGAAUAUGAUAACUAGUGAUUGUGUAGGUUAGUGUCUAUAGUGUAACUUUUUAUAAAUGGUUAUUUUUGU